AUGGAGGACUCCGACGGAGGCCUCAACUUCGACUUUGAGGGAGGCCUCGAUGCACCCGCCACCGUCUCGGCCUCCGCGGGCCCCGCCAAUACGGUCCCAACUUCGAAUUAUUCCGUGAUGCAAUCCGACUCCGCCGUUACCGGGCUGGGUGCCAAUCAGGCCGCUGCGGCGCCGCAGCCCAAUCAGAAUGCGAACCGGACAGGUGGGCGGAGCUACCGACAAACGGUGUGUCGUCACUGGCUGCGCAGCCUUUGUAUGAAGGGCGAUGCCUGUGGGUUCCUCCACCAAUACGACAAGUCGCGGAUGCCCGUGUGCCGCUUCUUCCGGUUGUACGGCGAGUGCCGCGAGCAGGACUGCGUGUACAAGCACACUAACGAGGACAUCAAAGAGUGUAAUAUGUACAAGUUGGGUUUUUGUCCAAAUGGUCCUGAUUGCCGGUAUAGACACGCAAAGCUGCCUGGACCUCCACCUCCAGUGGAAGAAGUCCUUCAGAAGAUCCAGCAUUUGACUUCUUACAAUUAUAACAACUCAAGUAAGUUCUAUCAACAAAGGAAUGCUGGUUUUCCCCAACAAGGAGAUAAGCAUCAGCCUGCACAAGGACCCAACAAUUUUGUGGGAAAACCUACUACAGCAGAGUCUGGCAAUGUCCAGCAGCAGCAACAGCAACAGCUUCAACAAACCCAACAACAUGUUGGCCCCACACAGACACAAACUCUUCCCAAUGGCUUAGCUAAUCAGGCAAAUAGAAGCGCGUUGCCUUUGCCUCAAGGAACAUCUAGGUAUUUUAUUGUUAAAAGUUGCAACCGAGAAAAUUUGGAAUUAUCUGUACAACAAGGAUUAUGGGCAACUCAGAGGAGCAACGAGUCCAAACUUAAUGAAGCUUUUGACUCUGCUGAAAAUGUGAUUUUAAUUUUCUCAGUCAACCGGACUCGACAUUUCCAGGGUUGUGCAAAGAUGAUGUCCAGAAUUGGUGGGUCUGUUGGUGGAGGGAAUUGGAAAUAUGCACAUGGAACCGCACAUUAUGGGCGAAAUUUCUCUGUCAAAUGGUUAAAGCUAUGUGAACUAUCCUUUCACAAAACUCGUCAUUUGAGGAACCCCUACAAUGAGAACCUACCAGUGAAGAUAAGUAGAGAUUGUCAAGAGCUAGAGCUCUCCGUCGGUGAGCAGUUGGCAUCCUUGCUUUAUCUUGAGCCAGAUAGUGAACUUAUGGCAAUUUCGAUUGCGGCAGAAUCAAAACGCGAAGAAGAAAAAGCAAAGGGAGUCAAUCCAGAGAAUGGUGGUGAGAAUCCAGACAUUGUCCCAUUUGAGGACAAUGAAGAGGAGGAAGAGGAAGAAAGUGAAGAUGAGGAAGAUAGCUUUGGUCAAGUUCCCGGAGCAGGAAAUGAUGGCAGAGGAAGGGGCAGAGGAGGAGGAGUCAUGUGGCCUCCUCACAUGGCUCUACCAAGAGGUGGCAGACCUAUGCCCGGGAUGCAGGGUUUUCCCCCAGGAAUGAUGGGUCAUGAUGCAAUGCCCUAUGUACCUGACGGAUUUGUAAUGCCAAAUCCGUUCGGUAUGGCCCCUCGGGGUUUCAAUCCGUAUGGUCCCAGGUUUUCAGGUGAUUUUACAGGGCCCAACCCUGGCAUGAUGUUUCGUGGGAGACCACAACAACCUGGAUUUCCACCCGGUGGGUUUGGGAUUAUGGGUCCUGGACGUGCACCAUUCAUGGGAGGGAUACAUCCAGGCCGAGGUGGUCGGCCAACAGGUAUGUCUCCAAUGUUUCCACCACCCCCACCACCAUCAUCUCAAAACCCUAACCGGAUGCCGAAGAGAGAUCCAAGGGGAGCUUCCACUGAUCGGAAGGGACAAGAUAUGUCAGGUCCAGAUGAUGAGACACAUUAUGGUGCUGGAAACAGCUCUAGAAAUGAUGAUAGCGAAAGUGAGGAUGAGGCCCCGAGGCGGUCGAGGCAUGGAGAUGGAAAGAAGAAACGGCGAGACUCGGAAGGAGAUGCGACCUCCGAGCACUAG